AUGCGACCGAUCCUUAGAGCAUUUGUGUUUCUUGUUGAACAAGGACCAUCCAUCGUGACACCCCCAAAAGACAUUUGGAACAUCACUGGGACCCAGAUUUUCCUGAGUUGUGAGGUCAUUGGAGUUCCAACCCCAGUCCUCACCUGGAACAAGAUAACAAGGAGCCAGUAUGGUGUCCAAAGAAUGGAACUUCUUCCAGGAGAUCGGGAGAAUUUAGCUAUCCAGACUCGUGGUGGCCCGGAGAAACAUGAAGUGACAGGGUGGGUAUUGAUAUCUCCUCUGAGCCAAGACGAUGCUGGAGAAUAUGAAUGCCAUGCACUCAACUCUAAAGGAGAGGCCACAGCCUCUGCAAAGAUCACCGUGGUUAAUUCUAUAAAUGAAAUACCUACAGGAAAAGGUGAGAGUGCCGAGCUGUGAAACGUGAAGAGUAUAUAAUGCAUUUGAAGAGGUAGAAGCUAUUGUCUAUGCCAAGUUUAUGUUAACCUUGUGGGGAAACUCUACCGUUUACUAAACCAUUCAAGCUUCUCUAGUCACUCAUUUCUUGUGCAACUUUUACUGAAAUACCAAUAAACUAUUUAACAACUAGA